CUGCUACUUGACAUAAAACGUGCUUAACUAUCGCGACCGCGCUGACUAUUCCGCAGUUUGCCACCUCACUCCUGAUAGCGAACACCAUAAUUUCCAUAAUGGAUUUUCGUCUUAUAAUUAUUUUUUCUUUAUUUGGUUUCAUCUAUUCGAAAGUGAUAGAUCUGUCGUGUGGGCAAAUAGAAAAGUUUGUGAAGGGCCACAACGCUAGGCGGCUGCGCCUGGCGCGGGGCCAGGUGCCAAAACAACCCGCUGCGGACGACAUGAAAUACAUCAUAUGGGAUGACGAAUUAGCAGGCAAAGCAGCGAAAUGGGCAUCUAACAAUAAAUUUCAGCACAACCCAGACAGGACCGUCCCAUCCGGUAGAUUCGGUACGGGGGAGAACAUAUUCUGGAGCGCGUCCAACAACCCGGCUUACGAGGUUGACCUCGACUCGGUCAUGGACAGCUGGUUUAACGAGUACAAGGACUACACAUACGGCCCACUCCAAAUUACCGACUUUACGAAUAGGGAGAAGCAAAUUGGGCAUUACACACAGAUGGCCUGGGCCAACACUAUAUACGUGGGCUGCGGUAUUUCCGUCUACAACACUGACAACGGCUUCAAAAACUACUUAGUCGUGUGUAACUACGGCCCAACGGGCAACUACCUAGGCCAGACUCCAUAUAAACGCAGCGACAAAGGAAAGAAGAAACUGAAAUGUGGUGUUGAGAACUGUUUGUCCAAAAUGUACGGGAGUUGCCGAGCCACGUAAAAUCAUCCAACCAUCAGAUAUGCUGCUUAUCAAUUACUUCUGAAGAGGCUUAAUAACUUAAAAGUAUUAUUAAAGAUCAAGAUUUUCGUUAGAUCAAAAUUUUAGACAAUAGAUUUUAGGUUUAUAGUUCCUAAUAACAACAUUAAAAAGUAGUAUUGAAA